AUGGCAUCGUCAUCUCAAUUUCGGAUCUUGAAGCUCCAUUCUCUCUCGCUUACCUCGCUUUUUCAAAUACUGCGCCGUUUCAGCAGCUCUGUUAAAGGACGAGCUACUACUUCUACUGGUGUUGCUGCUGCUGCCAGGAAUGUGGUGGUGGAGGAGGAGGAGGAGGAGAACCUAACUAACAAUCCCCGCCGUCCCCAACCAUCUCAUCCGCCUCCAUCAACCUCACAGCUCCAAACAGAUGAUUUUAAUAGCAUCUCUGAUGAUGCUUUUCUCGAUAAAUUCAAGCUCCGUCCUGGCCACCACCACAACAACAACAAGAAGAAGGAUAUCAAUCCUCCUCCCUCUACUGAUACUGCUGCUGUUACUACAAAUGAACAAGAAAGGAGCACUUCCUCUUCCCAGUCCCCACAUGAUGCUCAAGAUAUCUUCAACAAAAUGAAGGAAACUGGACUCGUCCUUAAUGCUGUCGCCAUGCUUGAUGGCCUCUGCAAGGAUGGCCUUGUCCAGGAAGCCAUGAAACUCUUUGGCACCAUGCGUGAGAAAGGCACCAUUCCUGAAGUUGUCAUUUACACUGCUGUCGUCCAUGGCUUUUGCAAAGCACUCAAGUUCGAUGAUGCCAAGAGGGUUUUCAGGAAAAUGCAGUCCAAUGGCAUCACUCCUAAUGCUUUCAGCUAUAGUGUCUUGAUUCAAGGACUCUCUAAAUGUGAUCUCUUUGAUGGUGCUAUCGAUUUCUGUUUCGAGAUGUUGGAUGCUGGCCACUCCCCCAGUGUUAGCACAUUUGUUGCAUUGGUUGAUGGCUUGUGUACCGAAAAGGGAGUUGAAGAAGCCAGGACUGUUAUUGGGACAUUGCGCCAAAAGGGAUUCUAUGUUCAUGACAAAGCUGUAAGAGACUUUCUGGACGAAAACAAACCGCUUUCUUCCUCUGUUUGGGAAGUAAUUUUUGGCAACAAACCUUCACACAAACCAUUUUGACUUGUCUUCCUAAACUAGUGAUGGGAUGA